AAGCCAGUAUGGCACAACAGGCUGCAUCUUAACAGAAUACACACCCCAAGGGACGGUAGGGGUGUGUUACCACCACAGUAUUUUUCUCCAGAGAAAUUCUUGAGAAGCAAGAAAAAAAUGGCAAAAGAACUUCAAGAAAUAAUACAAAGAUGUCAAUUUCUUGACGAAAAGAAUUUUAAAGGGGAAGAUUAUAACCUUUUUCAAGUUGCUGCACAUAAAUGUUUCGAGGAAGGGAAUAUAGCUGAAGUAUUGGAAAUUGUACAAAAUGAAAAAAAUGUGGUUAUUAUAAAAAAUAUGGGCUGGAAUCUUAUAGGACCUAUGCUCAGAUGUAUGCUGAAACAAGGGCAAGAUGAUGUUGAGAGACAAUAUUGUAUGAAAAUACUAGGCAAGUUGGUAGAAUUGUGCAGUGCAAAAGAGCUUAUACUGGGUUUUCUGGAACAGAUUGAACAAGCUUCUAGGGAACAGACAUCCUCCGUUAUUUUACUUCUGCUUAAACCUUUGCAAAAAGCACUUUUUAAACUGAAUACUAAGAAAGCCUAUUCAGUGGGGUUGUCACUGUCUACCAUUUUGAGCCAACUUUCCCUUCUGCCCAUUCCUUACACAAAACAGCAACUACAAGAAGACCAGCAUGGACUUUGCCAGUGCCUCAAUGCUCUAGCACAGUUUGUCAGACCAUUUGUCCUUGAAAUUGUUCAACACAUGGAUAUCAUAUCAGCUGGCAAUCGCAACGAUCUAAAGGAGGAACUACUAGGAUUUUGCCUGAAAAGUUUAAAAUAUCCAUUGCUAAUGGCAGAGCUUGAUCCAUUGCCUGAAGAGAUGGCUGAGAAUCCACUAAGGCAGUUUGCAGCUGAGAUAGUUGGAAUUUUAGCGGAUAUUAAAGAAUUAUUUCCACAAGUGCAUUUUCAGCCAGUAUGUAAACGUGAAAACUGGAACGAUGAAGACAUAUCGGAAAUGACCAAGGAACAAUCUUCAGAUGCUUUAGCGUGUCUAUCUUACAUAGUGUAUGUUCAGGACUGCUUUGGUGUUGACGGUCUCCCAGUAGUUUUCAACCCAUCAUAUAUUUUGCAAUGCAAUAUGGUACAUAUUAGAGCUCUGUUGAAAAAGACAGAAGAACCUGUUUUAUCAAAAGGACUUGCUCUUUUGGAGAACUGUCUCCUGAGAUUGGAAAAUAAUAGUCUUUUUCGUCAGUAUUUGGAAUUGGAAGGUUGUAUUACAACACCUCAGGAUUUGGUCAAGAUUAUGACUCAAUGCCCUUUUGAAUCUCUGAGAAAAAAGACCCUUAAGAUUUUGCAGCUGUAUUUAGAUAAGUUUGAUGAAGAGGGAAAAUACAUAUUAUUUAGAUGUUUAUUGAAGACUAGCAACCAUUCUGGCGUGGAAGGACACAUUAUUCAGAAUAUUAAAAAUCAAAUUGAUUUGUCCUUAAAGAGGGAAGAAGGCAGCAAGUUUUUUACUGGACUCCAGCUGGUCUCUCUGUUGGACAUGGUGCUCUCACUUCCUGAAGGUGCUGAAACUGAUCUUCUCCAGCACUCAGACAGAAUAAUGGCCUCACUGAAUUUGCUGAGAUAUUUAUUUAUUAAGGAUAAAGAAGAUGACAAUAAGACUUGUGUAUGGACAGAACUUUACAAAAUAGAGAGUAAUUUCUUGAAGCCUUUACACACUGGACUUAAUAUGUCAAGAGCACACUAUGAAGCAGAAAUAAAAAGGAAGAAAGAAAAUAAAAAAGAGCCUCACAGUUCUAAAAAGCCCCUUACUCAAUUGAUAACUAAAGCAAAGAUGUCAGGAAUUACAAAGGACAUGGAGCUUCAAGCUCUUCACUCUGCACUUUUCACAUUUGAUUUAAUGGAGAGUGUUCUGGCGAGGGUAGAAGAACUCAUGAAAACAAAGGCUGCAACUGAAGAACCCACUGGAGUCAAAUAAAAUCUUUAUUUCAGUAUUCCACUUAUCAAGUUGGACUCGCCGAAAUAUAACAUGCCAAUUUAAUGCUGGUCUUGUUGUAUCACUAUGUAGUUUCACAGUAACAUGUAACACUACCUAUUUAUAAAGGCAUACUAUGAAAUAAAGUAGCAAUAAAAAAGGAAGCAAGAAUUACAAAAGAUAUUACUUGGUACAAUCAAUUUUAUUCACAAGAUUUAUGAUUAGAUGGAUUAUUAAAAAUUGAGGGAAACUAUUGUUCUGCUUGAAUCCCAUGAAAAUCAGAUGCAUAGAAUUAGUGACUUUCUCCUGGGCAGUUUGAGAAACACAAUGGAAGGGGUAGAAAAUAAUUGGCAAAAGUUGUUUGCUUUUUUCCGAUCCUUCCCCUUCUAGACGCAAGUUUCAGUUAGAUUGUAAUUUGUUCUAUGAAUAGAAGGGCUUCUUCCAUUAACAGAAUCCAGCUGGUUCUGGAUUUAAUCCCAUAGAAUUAAGUCUCAUACUAGUGAAUUGAUUGACAAAAGCUGCUUAUAAUUUAAUUCCUAUUUUUGUCACAGGCUUAUAUACAGAUGUGUUGGUAAAAAGAUUCCUGUUACUUAAAUUUCAAUCGGUAUGAUACAAGUCCCCAUGGUACAGUAGUACAAAAAGAAGAAAAAUAACAUUGCUAAAAUACAGAAUAAGAAUUGUCAAAAAGCAAAAAUAGAAGCGAGUAAACAACUAUUGUGAUGUAAAACUGUAAAGUUAGAAUCAUGUCUAUCAGCUGCUCUUCUGUACUUUUGAAUAAUGUCCAUUCUCCCCUGAAAUUAAUUAGAUGAUAUUGAGAUCCUUAUAUACAAGCUUGUGGUUUAUAUCUGUCCUUCUUUUUACUAUUGAAAGGAAAAUGUAUAAGGGUAAUAUUUCUUUCUUUAUACUGGAGAUUAAACAUCUAACAACAGAGAGUUUUUUAUUUUGAACAUAUCUACUAAAGUAUAUUUUCAGACAGGUGUUGAUUUUUUUGUUGGAUAUGUUUUUUUAAGCACAAA